AUGAGCGGGGAAGUAAAAUUGUUUGAUUCGAGUUCUCCUGAUCCAUUAACGAGGGAAAGGGGAUUAUGCAUAGAAAACUGUUGUAAGACCCGUCCGUUUGUCGUGGCACUGCAGGAUUGUACCAAAAGGGUGACUAAGAAAGCUGCUUAUACCGCUGAAACUUGCCACGAUGAAAUAUUAGAACUCAUGGAAGCCCUCGACAAAUGUACAAAGAAUAAGGCCUUUUUAGAAUUGCAAUAG